GCCGAGCUUUAUCCGUUUGGUCGUCGCAAUGACCGCCCAAAAUCCCGCGACAACUUUGACAAGCAACGCACAACAACGAUGGGCAGCUUAUGAACAAGAGAUGCUACCAAGCCAGAGUAGCAUAUCCUAAUUACCUUGGGUCAUGAUGCUCUUCUCCAAGCUUCUGCGCCCUAUAGCAGCUCCUAACAAGUUUGCAAGGUGCGCAGAGCUCGCGGAAGUCCUUCAGCCUCGCGGCAGCCUGCCCCCACGCGCCAUCACAAGACCCAGUUACGAACUAUGGCGAAAGAUAGGAAACGGACCUCACUCGGCAGGUAGCCGGCAGCAGCAGCGGGCCUUCCACGAAUCUUUCAACACACACCGCCGCCAAGUUUUCCGACGCAUCGAACCGCACAAUGCGCGGCCCCUCAUCACCCCCGAGCAAGUCCGGAGGUUGUUCGCGUCGGGGCAGUUCCGGGGCCUCGCGAUCCUCACCGCGGGUGGGAUAACAAUAUUCUACUUCAUGAACAUCGAGACGGUUCCGGUGUCAGGGCGGCGGAGGUUCAACUGCUACAGCGAAGGCAGUGCCGAGGAGCAGGGGAAGUUGGCGUAUAACCAGAUCCUCUCCGAGGAGUUGAGGAGGGGCAGGGUGCUACCGAAGUCCGAUUUCAGAGUUAAGAUGGUGGAGAAGGUGCUUGGGCGGUUGAUAGAGGCAGGGGACUUGGGCACGGGACAGAGUGAUAAGAAGAAGGGCGAGGGAUGGACGGUACACGUCAUCGAGGAUCCGAAUCAAGCAAACGCUUUUGUCCUCCCAGGAGGCAAGGUCUUCGUCUACAGUGGAAUAUUCCCUGUGUGCAAGACCAGCGACGGGCUGGCGGCGGUUAUGGGCCACGAAAUUGCCCACAACAUGGCGCAGCACUCGGCUGAAAAGAUGAGCCAGAUGGUAUUGCUCCAGCCAUUUGUUUGGGGAUUAAUGUAUCUCGAUUAUACUGGAGUUACAAUGGGAUUAGGUCGAUUUUUAGGGAGCAUGGUGCUCGACCUUGGAAUUAUGAGAGUUUCCUCCAGAGAGCAGGAGAGUGAAGCAGAUCAUAUUGGCCUCAUGCUGAUGGCAGCAGCCUGUUAUGAUCCCAAGGAAGCGGUAGGGUUGUGGGAGAGAAUGGAGAAGCUAGACAAAGAAACGCCCCCCGAAUGGCUUUCUACGCAUCCGUCGAAUGCGAAUCGAAUCCAGCAAAUUACCCAAUUAUUGCCAGAGGCGGAAAAUAAAUACCAGGAGAGCAACUGCUCAUCGACGGUGAGGUACAACAACGCCUUUCAGGGUGCCAUUGGCCGCACUCUAGUUUUCCGGUAAGUGCGUGAUGGAGCAGGGGUGCAGUUAUGAACAAAAUGUACUUUAAAGAGCGAAUGCGGCGUUGGCGAGAAAUUCCUCCUGGUUGGGUUGAGUUGGCAAUGACCACUUAGGAUAUAUUCCCAUCUAUACGCGUGUGUAUCAACAGCAAAUUUAGAAAUCCCUUGU